AUGUCUGGUUCAACAAAACAUUUUGUUAAUAUGAAAAUAAAUACUCGACGAAUAAUAGUAUUUGGUAAAUCAAAUGAUCCUGAUUCACAACAAGUUAAACAAAUAUUUGAACAAUAUUUUUUACCAAAAGAUACAUAUGAAUGGAUUGAUAUUGAAAAAAGACAAGAUUGUAAACAAAUAGAAAAUUAUUUUCGUUCUCUUUGUUUUACUGAUCGACGACAGACUCCAUAUAUUUUCAUUGAUCAACUUUAUUUUGGAUCUUUAUUUGAAUUAAAUAUUUGUCAUAAAAAUGAUUCAUUGAAAGAAAUCUUAUUGAAAUAG